GAGAGCAGAAUAGCGAAGCGGUUGCCUCCGUAAUUUAACACAAGCCAGCCAGUUGAACAUAGUUGAAUAAAGCUCGCUAAGAUGCACGGAGGAGGGAACACCUCACCAUCAUUCUCUUCGUUUUCGUCUUCCUCGUCGUCAGCCGCUGAUCGGAGGUUGAAUGCUCUGGUUCGCCACCUGGAAGGAUCGUCGCUCAAUGGGAGUCGCUCCAUCGCCGCCUCUCCCACUUCCGGCUCUCACGGAGCCCCGAAUUCCGUGUUUGAUCAUCUUGUUCGGGCGCCUGAAGAUCCCAUUCUCGGCGUGACUGUUGCCUACAAUAAAGACCCGAGCCCUGUGAAGUUGAACCUGGGAGUUGGUGCAUAUCGGACAGAGGAAGGAAAGCCGCUUGUUCUGAAUGUUGUUAGAAGAGCAGAGCAGAUGCUAGUGAACGACAGCUCUCGUGUGAAGGAGUAUCUUCCCAUUGUUGGGCUGUCAGAUUUCAAUAAAUUGAGUGCUAAGCUUAUACUUGGUGCUGACAGUCCUGCGAUCCAAGAGAACAGGGUUUCAACUGUUCAGUGCUUGUCUGGUACAGGAUCAUUGAGGGUUGGAGCUGAAUUUUUGGCUCGACACUAUCAUCAACAUACUAUUUAUAUUCCGCAGCCAACAUGGGGAAACCACCCAAAAGUUUUUGGUCUGGCAGGGUUAUCUGUGAAGACUUAUCGCUACUACGAUCCAGCUACUCGUGGACUCAACUUCCAAGGCUUGUUAGAAGACCUUGGAUCUGCUCCUUCAGGAGCAAUUGUGCUUCUUCAUGCAUGCGCUCAUAACCCAACUGGUGUUGAUCCAACCAUUCAUCAGUGGGAGCAGAUUAGACAGUUGAUUAGAUCGAAGGCAUUGUUACCUUUCUUCGAUAGCGCUUAUCAGGGUUUUGCUAGUGGAAACCUGGAUGCAGAUGCAGAGUCGGUUAGGAUGUUCGCGAAAGAUGGGGGUGAAUGUCUGGUGGCUCAAAGUUAUGCCAAAAACAUGGGGCUUUAUGGGGAGCGUGUUGGCGCCCUAAGCAUUGUUUGCAGGUCUGCGGAUGUGGCCAGCAGGGUAGAGAGCCAGUUGAAAUUGGUUAUCAGGCCCAUGUAUUCAAACCCUCCCAUUCAUGGGGCAUCAAUUGUGGCAACAAUCCUCAAGGACAGAUCCAUGUACCAAGAAUGGACCAUUGAGCUGAAGGCUAUGGCGGAGCGUAUCAUCAGCAUGCGCCAGCAACUGUUUGAUGCUUUACGUAGUAGAGGUACACCUGGUGACUGGAGUCACAUCAUCAAGCAAAUUGGGAUGUUCACUUUCACUGGACUUAACUCGAAGCAAGUAGCCUUUAUGACUAAGGAGUAUCACAUCUACAUGACAUCCGAUGGGCGAAUCAGCAUGGCUGGUCUGAGUUCAAGGACAGUACCACACCUCGCAGAUGCAAUACAUGCUGCUGUCACAAGGGUAGCUUGAUUCUGUUUUCAAAUAAUUUCACUCUACUGCAGCCAUUUUUCUGGCCUUGAUAGAGGAUUUUUCUAUGGUUUUGUACAAAUAAAUGACGUGCAAUUUUAUCUUGUGCCGAAAAGAAUUCUAAGUAAUAAGCUUUCCUAUUUAUUAAUCUUGUUAUGCUAGUAGUA